GAACUAUUAGAACAGUUGGAUAUUUAUAACCACAAAUGAUUUUUUUUUCGAAUUCGUUCACGUGCAAACUUUAGUCUUUCUUUUCUCACCACUGACAAUGACAAUGAUCAAUUCGCCCUUAUCAGGUCAAACAAUUGUCGAUAAUUCAUCGAUGAUUUCUGCAACAAUUCAAAAACCUAUUGCAAGUUCUUCCGGCGAUGAUUAUGAUAUCAAUAAUGAUAAUCAGGUGAAAAUCUUACAACAACAGCAGCAGCAGUUAUCGUUUAGUAGUUCGAAUUAUCUGCCGAAACAGGCACCAGGCAGUUUGUUGAAUUUUUGUGUACGAAAUAAAAUUGAUGUUUAUUCAUUGGAAAAUCGUAUCGAUUAUCAUCUAUCGCGCAUAAUGAAAGGUCAUCGAUUGAUUAAUUUCAAAAAUUCCAUUGAACGUCUACCGAUCGAAAAACGAAUCUGUGAAUGUAUCAUUGAAAUAUUGAUGUCAACAUUGAAUCUGAUUGCACGGAAAACACGUACAAUCAUCAAUGCAAAAGCAGCUAUCGAUGCAUUGAAAGAAUAUUCGGCAAACACACAAUCGGAACAGCAGGUGGCACAGAUCCAGAUGGAAUUUGUGGAGAAAAUUCGCGAAAUUCGUACAAUUUCCAUCAAUUUAGAACAGAUAGUAUGGGCAUUGAAUUCGAAUAAAGAACAUAUCAGAUAUAUUGCCAAAGUAUUUCAGAUACCCGAACAUUACAAACGAAGUGAAUUUCAACAGGAUCCAAACUCGAUUUUCCAAUUGAAACAAUCCGUCAUCAAUACGGUUCACCAAUGUCAUGAAGUGAUCAAUGUAUGUCGAAUACUUCGACGACAGAUGCAAACAGUUGUCAUUGAAGUUUAUCUGAAACAUUUUAGCGAUCAAAGCCAAAUGAAUUAAAUUCAACCGAAUGAAUUGAAAAA